AUGAUGGCGAUGAACUUCGUGACAUUCAACCAGGACUACAGCUACCUGGCUGUAGCCACCUCCAAAGGCUUCCGAAUAUUCACUACAGACCCGUUCGCCAAGAGCUAUGAAACCAAAGAGGGAAAUAUUGCCUUGAUUGAGAUGCUCUUCUCGACCUCUUUGGUCGCACUUAUUCUCUCGCCCCGUCGAUUACAGAUCACAAACACAAAGCGCCAAUGCACAAUAUGCGAGUUAACUUUCCCGACUACUGUUUUGGCCGUCAGGCUUAACCGCAAACGACUUGUCAUCGUUUUGGAGGACCAAAUCUACCUGUAUGAUAUCCAGACUAUGAAGCUUUUAUCGACAAUCGACACAUCCCCCAAUCCUAAUGCUCUUUGCACCUUGGCUCCAUCAUCCGAUAAUUGCUAUAUGGCAUAUCCAUUACCGCAAAAAGCCCCCGCGACAGUCAAGCAACCAGCCCAUGCUCCGCCUGGAACGACUCAUGUCUCACCUACAAAUGGAGACGUCCUAAUUUUCGACUCUUUGAAGCUCGAGGCUAUCAACGUCAUUGAAGCUCACCGGUCUCCACUAGCCUGCAUUACCCUCAACAGCGACGGAACUCUACUUGCAACUGCCUCAGAUAAAGGAACUAUCAUCCGUGUCUUUUCGGUUCCUGAUGGCCACAAACUGUACCAGUUCCGACGCGGUUCUAUGCCAUCCAAAAUCUUCAGCAUGUCAUUUAACACCACAUCGACUCUUCUCUGCGUCUCCUCAUCUACCGAUACCAUCCAUCUCUUCAAACUAAGUCAACAAGGACCGUCAUCUGAUGGCUCUUCAGCGCAUUCUCCAAUAGGUCGUGACCAAUCAGUCCGAGGAAGUCAUUUUGGAAAUUUGCGUGACGAUGAAGAGGGGGAGGAGAGCUCCGAUUUAGAACCUAGAAAGCACAGCGGCACCUUUAUGGGUAUGAUCCGCCGGACAUCCCAGAAUGUUGGAGGAGUAGUGGCUGCUAAGGUGGGCGGCUACCUUCCCAAAGGCGUGAGUGAGAUGUGGGAGCCGGCACGUGAUUUUGCAUGGUUCAAGUUGCCCCGAACUAGUCAGGCAGCUGGAAGCAAUAGUGCCGGUACUCUCCGAAGUGUGGUAGCAAUGAGCAGCAAUACUCCCCAAGUCAUGGUUGUGACCAGUGACGGAAACUUUUAUGUUUUCAACAUUGACUUGUCCAAGGGCGGAGAGGGUACCCUCACCAAACAGUAUUCGGUUAUCGACUCAACAGACAGACUGGGUGGGAUGGAGUAUUGA